AUAUAAAGAAAAUUAUAGUUACCAAUUAGCCCAAAAAAUGCUAUAGUCUUCUGAGAAAGACAAGAAGUUUCCUAAUAUAAACAAUAAGGGCUAUAGUCCGAAAUUUCUUCACUUCUUUUUUCUUCAUUAUAAUUUGUUAUUGUUCACAAUUUUCUUGAGAAAAACAAAGACAAAAAGUUUUGGGGAUGAGAAAGCCAGGAUUGUUCGAUCUUGAGAAUCAUUUUGCAUUCUAUGGGGCAUAUCACAGUAACCCCAUGAACGUUUUGAUACAUGCUUUAUUUGUGUGGCCCAUAUUUUUCACUGGUCUCGUUCUUAUCUACUUUACUCCGACUAUCUAUGAUCUUACUCAAGCUGGAAUUUUGCCCUCUGUGUUUAAUCCUAUUUUGGUUUUUAAUUAUGGGUUUGUUUUUGCUCUAGUCUAUGGAUUGUUUUAUAUGAUUUUGGAUAAGAAAGCUGGGUCCUUGGCUGCUUUGCUUUGUUUAGCUUGCUGGGUUGGGGCUAGUUUUCUUGCUGCAAAUCUUGGAUAUUCUCUGGCUUGGAAGGUUGUGCUGGUUGCUCAGUUGUUAUGUUGGACCGGACAGUUUGUAGGCCAUGGAGUGUUUGAGAAACGUGCUCCAGCACUUUUGGACAAUCUUGUUCAAGCUUUUGUAAUGGCCCCUUUCUUUGUUUUGCUUGAGUUUCUUCAAGCAUUCUUCAGAUAUGAACCAUAUCCAGGCUUUCAUGCUCGCGUGAAAGCCAAGAUAAAAGCUGAAAUCAAGGAGUGGCAGGCCAAGAAACAGAAAAAAGUUUCUUAGCUUUGAUUGCUCACCUGCUUAUAGAAGAAUUCAGGUUGAAAGGUUUUAAACGCAACUAAGGAAACGCUUUAUUUAUAGCCAUGUAUUCUCUAAAUGUGUGAUGAUUUUUAUUAAGCUUUCAAAACGCCUUUAACUUUAGUACAUGAUCUUCCGAUUUGAUCUC